GUCAUUCGUUACAAAACCUGCUUCAUAAUACACAAACCUCGUUUCAAACUUCGACACAAGGUUUGAAAAGUCUGUGUGACGUAGCGUCUCUACGUAUGUGUGCGUAAUUACGCACACACGUGCAGUUUCUUCCUUGCAGUUUUUGUGUCUGUGUUUUUUUCCGCCCGCCGUCAUCCUCGCACUUUUAACAUCACUCACUGACAACAGCAGCGAUGGCGGAACCCGUAGCAGCGGCAGCAUCUCCGACUCCGACCCUUUCUCCCGCAGCUAGCCCGGGCUCCGAGCCUCCUUCCAUGGCGCUCUCUCCCACGGCGGACGGCUCCCAGCGGCUGCUCUUCUCCCACGACCUGGUCUCCGGGCGGUAUCGCGGCUCGGUUCGGUUUGGCCUCGUACGCAUGAUACACGGCGAGGAGGAUUUUAAUUCAGACUCGGAGCUCGACGACGGCGGAGGAGGAGGUGGCGGUACCGGAGGAGGGGGAGGCGGAGUUGGAGGAUUGUUGCCUGGUGGAUCGGACACCGAGAGCGCAGCGGACAGCCCGAGUCAGCCUCUGGGGAGAGGGUUUGUCCGAGUCCAAUGGUACCCCGAAGGAGGCAAACAAGACAUCCGGGAGACAAAGCUCAAACUUGAAGAUCGAUCUAUUGUUAUUAGAGACAUCGUGCGGCGAAACAAUUCUAAUGACAACCAGUGUGGGAUUGUAACAAACAUCGACAUUGAGUGUGCUGUGAAGCUGGUGGGAACAAACUGUGUGCUGUAUCCUGUUAACAGCAAAGACCUGCAGCACAUCUGGUCUUUUAUGUAUGGGGAUUACAUUGCCUAUGACUUCUGGCUGGGGAAAGUGUACGACUUGACUAAUCACAUUAUUCUCAAACUGUCCAAUGGAGCCAGGUGCUCCAUGAGUGUGGAGGACGGUGCCAGGCUUUACGAUGUCUGUCCACAUGUCAGUGAUUCAGGUCUGUUCUUUGAUGAAGCAUAUGGCUUCUACCCAGGACAAGUCCUGAUUGGUCCUGCCAAAGUCUUCUCUAAUGUACAGUGGCUGUCGGGGGUCAAACCUGUCCUUAGCAGGAAGUGCAAGUUCAGGGUUGUAGUGGAAGAGGUAAAGGUAGUAGAGCUGAAGGUGACUUGGAUCACUAAGAGUUAUUCCCCCAAAGGCUCAGACAGUGUUUAUCCACCUCCUUCAACCAUCACACAGGAAAACCUCUGCAGGGUGAGGCGUCUAGGCUACUAUGACCACACACAAAGGCAGCUGGGAGAGAGGGCCCUCUAUGUCUUUCCCGCCAAAGGCGACGCUACACGCAUCACCUGUGAAGGACCCGAGGGUGCACCUGUAUUACCAGAAGACCCAGUGGCCAAGAAGUUGAAACGAAUAUUCAAGAAGGAUUCAGCGAGGAAGAUGGAGAACGCCGACAUGCAAGUUGAGCAGAAGUCAGAGCAGACAGACUUGUCCCAUCCCAACAAUAACGGGCCUGUGGUACCCAUCCAUAACCCCCAAGAGUCCCAGAAUACCAAUGACAACUCGGCCGACAAUGGUGAGCAGGAUGCUGAUGACAAGGUUGCUGAAGACACUGAUGACACCAGCUCUCUGACGUCAUCAGCCAGCUCCACGGCCUCCUCUCAGAGUGGCGGUUUAGGAAUCGGUCGCAAGAAGAGCAUCCCACUCUCUAUCCGUAACCUGAAGAGGAAGCACAAGAAGAAGAGAACAAAGUUUUCUCGCGAGUUCAAACCUGGAGACCGUGUGGCAGUGGAAGUGGUUUCCACAAAGACCACAGCUGACGUGAUGUGGAAAGACGGACGGGUGGAGAAGGGGAUCCGAUCAAACAACCUCAUCCCAAUCCAGCACCUUGACAGCCACGAGUUUUGUCCCGGGGACUUUGUUGUAGACAAAAGACCUCAAGCCCUCCAGGACCCGGGGGUGUAUGGGGUGAUCCAGUCUGGUGAUCACAAAGGCAGAACGUGUGUUGUAAAAUGGAUCAAACUGAACUCAUUAAGUGACGAUGUCGAGGUUCUGGGUUUGGAGGAGGACGUCAGUGUAUACGACAUCGCGGAUCAUCCAGAUUUCCACUUUCGUACCACUGACAUUGUUAUCAGAAUAUGGAACUCUGAGAAUGGACAGAAUGAUUGUGAAAAUGAGACGUCAGUCGGCCAAGUGUCCAGGGUGGAUGUGAGCAGCAAAGUGGAGGUGGUGUGGGCCGACAACUCCAUGACAAUCGUCUUGCCGCAGCACCUGUAUAAUGUGGAGUCUGAGAUCGAAGAAACAGACUACGACUCUGUGGAGGAGACGAGCAGCGUUCUGUCCACUGAGGAGUGGGAAGAUGAGAGCGACAGCUGGGAGACAGAUAACGGCCUGACCACCGAGGAGGACAGCCACAUCAACAAUGCAGACGGCACUGACACGGCCACCCCGACCCCCACGCCCACCAGCUCGGCAACAUUCAUCAUCCCUCCACAGGAGAGCAGCAGAGCCGGUCUCACGAGCCCCACCAAAGGGCUGUGCAGAGAGGUGGAGGAGGGCACGGUGGCUGCGAAUAGCCCCGCCUCUGGAGGAGGAACCACCCCAGGAGGUGCAGUCAACGGAGCGGAGAAACCAGCGGACAAACCCAACAAGGAUGGGUGCCCUCUGUCCUUCAGGGAGUUGAAGGAGGCCCUUAAGAUUCUGGAAAGUCUGAAGAACAUGACUGUAGAGCAGUUGUGGACGGGUGCCUCACCCACUUCACCGACAUCUGCUGAACCUGCUUCUACAACUAACCUAGCAAGUUCUGUAACACCUGCAGUUAUGGAAAAACCGACCAAAGAGAAACGCUUCCUGGAUGACAUCAAGAAGCUGCAAGAGAACCUGAGGAAGACUCUGGAUAAUGUGGCCAUAGUGGAAGAGGAGAAGAUGGAAGCUGUGGUAGAAGCAGGUGGGAGCGGAGCAGCCGGGCUUGAGUUGGAGCGAACUCGAGAGGAACAGGAGCCCCAAACUCCAGCGGGUGGACAAGAGUGGCCCAGUGAGUUUCUCAGCGACACACCCAUACUGUGCCAACAGAGUGGUGGCAAGCCAGGUGUCACCUUCACCAGUGCCAAAGGAGAGGUCUUCUCUGUACUGGAGUGGGCACCAGAUAUGCACUCAUUCAAGAAAAUGGAAUUCCAGCCUGCUGAGGCUAAAAAGUUCUUCAGCACAGUGAGGAAGGAAAUGGCGCUGCUAGCAACGUCACUGCCCGAUGGCAUCAUGGUCAAAACCUUCGAAGAUCGAAUGGACCUGUUCUCGGCUUUGAUCAAAGGGCCGACUCGUACGCCCUACGAGGACGGUCUGUUCCUUUUUGACAUCCAGCUGCCUAACAUUUACCCUGCAGUGCCGCCUCUGUUUCGCUACCUGUCCCAGUGCAGCGGCCGCCUCAACCCCAACCUCUACGACAACGGCAAGGUCUGCGUCAGUCUACUGGGCACCUGGAUCGGAAAAGGCACUGAGAGAUGGACCAGUAAAUCCAGUCUGCUGCAGGUCCUCAUCUCCAUACAAGGUCUCAUCCUGGUCAAUGAGCCUUACUACAAUGAGGCUGGCUUCGAUAGUGACCGGGGCCUACAGGAAGGUUACGAAAACAGUCGCUGCUAUAAUGAGAUGGCACUGAUUAAGAUGGUACAGUCUAUGACUCAGCUGCUCCAGAAUCCCGUGGAGGUCUUCAGACAGGAGAUCCAAGAGCACUUUGUUUCCAAUGGCUGGCGGCUCAUCCACCGCCUGGAAGCGUGGCUCGACCUGAACGAUGGGGCCGACAAAGGUCAAGCGGCACAUACCUCAUUACGGGGCCAGCCUUCAAAGGACAGGUGUUCAUCAGUGGAGCUGCUGGAUGAGCAGCUACCGCUUGUAUCUGGGCCAGUGGCUGUAGCCCACAGCAGCCCCAGCAAGCUCCUCGAAGAAGGUGUCCCAGGAAUGGGUGUUACCAGUAUUAUGGAGGAAGAACUGGAGGAUUCAGGGUUGAGCCCAUCCACCACAGUAGCCUCUCAUCAGGAGAUGAGCCAGAACUCUGACUGUGAGAGCACACAGGGGAAUGGCUCCCUGAGCAUAGAAAGAGGUGUUCCUGCUGUCCCUGUGCUCCACGGUGGGGUGUCCGAAUCGGGAUCUGCCUUGGUUGGAGGAGGAGCAUCGAGCUCCACAGCGAACCAGCCGGUGGUACGACCAAAGAAACGGAGAAAGAGCUACCGGAGUUUCCUCCCAGAGGGCAGCGGCUACCCCGACAUCGGUUUUCCUCUCUUCCCACUUUCAAAGGGGUUUGUGAAGAGCGUUCGAGGAGUUCUACUCCAGUACCGAGCCACACUGGCUUCUGCUGGCAUCCCCGAACACACAGAAGACAAGUAAGUGCCUCCUCAGUUUCCCGCCACACCUCUGCGCUGUUUUCUUCUCUCCCCCUCCUCCCUCUACAUUUUCAUCUGCCUCAUUCUCUCGAGGAAGAUCCAUUACUUGUCCAGUGCACCCCAGUCUGUAGCUGCACUGUGCCCCAGCACUGCCUUUGUUUUGGCUCUGAACAUGUGGACCUCUUUGUGCCCCUCCUGCUGCCCCCAACUCUACAACAUUAUGUCGUUUUCCCAAAAUUCCUCUGAGCCAAACCAUGACUGCAGGAGAACACCUUCCUUCAGAGUGACUGGUGUGGAUUCAAAGUGAUAUCUUUGUUCCCCUUCAGCAUCUCUGCAGACAGUCAUGUCCCAAGGACUAACAGGGCAAACCAUGACGGACGCUCACAUGCGUUCUGGACCUUCCUGUCUCGUGGGAACCCUCAUCUUUGAUGGAUACUUUUACACGACCUCAGCAGCACUUUGUCGUCGGUGGCCAUGGGACAGAGAAGCACAAAGGACAGACUGGAAUGUUAAAACAGUGCCAUGAACGCCUCCCCUCCCUCGCCCACUUGGUUUUAACGCCUCCCACAGCCUUCGCUGUGUAGGUGGCUUUGAGGCCUGAAAAUGUAACAUGGACUUAGAUUGUCGCUACAUUUGGGAUGAGGUCGAAAGCCGCUUGAUUUCAACAAGAACCUGCCAACGCCCAGCUUUUGCUGGUGGUUGGGCCAACUACAGCUAUCUGUAGCACUACUGACAUUAUCGCUGUAUCAUCCGGCAACAAAUAAAAGAACAUUCCAUCAGGGAGAGAUCGCACCAAACAUUAGACUCACUAGAAGGCUUCUUAUCAAUAGAAAUCACUGGUUCAAGGAUUUCUGCCAAAUUCUGUCCUUUCACAAACACUCGCUGAAAUAUCAGAAAAAACCCUCACCAUACUGAAUGUCAGUAAAACUGCCAGGCAUGACCGCUUCACCCUCUUUACAUAUCAGUCAAACGCUGGUAUUUUCCUGGGCCAAUCCCUUGUGGCAAACAUCAGUGACAAUGUUUACAUCA